AUACUUCUUAGUUGUUGCUUGCUCAGUUCGCGUGCACUAGCGUCGGUGUGCGGUCAAUUCUAUAGCAUCGGUCGUUUAUUUUCGUUCAAGGUGCUUCUGAUAAGCAACAAUCAACUCGAGUACGUUUUGAGCGUGGUACUUUUAAAGAAAUUCACACCGAUUAAUAAAUAAACAAAAGUUUUUAUUAAUAAUAUAAAUUAGAUUAGAUGACUGACAUUUCGUUAAAGUUUUUUUGGGCUCGAGAAGGUGCAAUGGAAAGCUGUUAUAAGUUAUACACAUGGAUUAACAACACGUUGUUAAUGCUAUUGGUGCAAAUGUUCUGGAAGAUCAGCCAAAUAUCGGAUUAUUUUAAACAGAAGUCCGUUGAAGACUACAAUUCACAAGGGACGUUCAUGUUUAAGCCGCUAACAAAGGAAUCUAAACUAAGGAGACACAUCAGAUCUAUGUCAGAUGUACAAAGCAGUACGCCUUACCGGAUACCGUUCAGAUCGAGGAAAGGGCUCAUACACACACUCACAUACGAUUCUGAUACGCACACUAGGAUGGCGUCCCGAAGAUUUCAAGACUCGUCCGAUUCCAGCGACUGUUGUGAUUCAAAAACUUACAUACAACGAAACAUCCUCAAACACACCGAAAGAAUACUAUAAGUAAAUAUAUUGAGGCUGACGAAUCUAGUUCGGUGUUGUUUUGUAUUUACUUGAUCUAGUUAUAUGAUCCCAACGUGAUGUUUUGUGAACGAGACUGUGAUUGAGUUUAGUUUUAACUUAUUUAUAACGAACAGAUCUAUUUUGUAAGUUUUAAUUAUCAGAUAAUCGCAUAUAAUGCUGUCUGCCAGUCGUCGAUUUGACGGCGGGCUUUUUUCACUUUGACAUUUACCUUUGAUAGGGUAAAUAGGUUAUUGUAGGAAAUGACAGACCAUAGAUAAUGUUAAAAUAAUUGACAUUGGAUGAAUAUAAUGUGCGCAUUUGGCAUGUAUGAAAGUCAUAAUAAAAAAAAUUAUAGAGUCAUCAAUACAAAAUGUCACGUCUAUUUUAGUAACGUGAAUUAUUUUGUCCAAUUUUUAAAAGAACACGGCUUUAGUGUUACACAUUUUAAGAAAUGUAUAGAUGGUUACAUUUAUUAUAUCUAAUUUGAUAGUGUUGCUUAGUAUUUUUUAAAGAGUCCAACGAGCACAAUUAUAAAAAAAUGUAAGUAUAUGCAACCUGUUUUUGUAAGUCUGAAUAAAAAAUAUGUACAAAAUUAUAAAA